UAAUUGAUAAACAAUUUGUAUGUGAGUGUGUUUGUCGAUUGAUUUCAAAAAUACCAAUAUUCUAAGAAAUAUUGUUAUUUACUCAUACGCUUGUGUAAAUUUUUAAUGUGACAAAUUGACGCAAGACCGGAUCAAAAAUGGUGACUAUAGAAGCAGGUGUGUGGAUACCAUUUGCUACAAUUUCAACAUUCUGGGGUAUUAUUGGUAUUGUUUGUCCAUUUUUUGCUAAAGGUCCAAAUACUGGGGUAAUAAGAACCUGCCUAAUAUUAACAGCUUGCUGUGCGUGGCUUUUUUGGGUGGUAACUUUUCUUGCUCAAUUGAAUCCAUUAGAAGGGCCAUCGAUUAAAAAAGCAGCUCAUUUAAUGCUUGCUUGUAAUUGGGGUAACAAAAUAGAUCCAAACUGCAAUGAUCCAAUAAAAAAAUAAUUAUAUUAAUUUAUAAAAAAAAAUUGUAAAUAUUUAUGAUUUGUAUGUAUGUAAAAUUUUAAAAUACAUGACGCU